AGAGAGAGAGAGAUGGAUAUGGAAUUUAACGAGUUAAAGGAAGCAAUAGAUCAAGUAAAGCUCGUGGAUGCCCACGCGCACAACAUUGUCGCUCUCGACUCGUCUUUUCCGUUCAUCGGAAGUUUCUCCGAGGCUUCCGGCGACGCUUUAUCUCUAGCUCAUCACUCCCUCUCCUUCAAGAGGAAUCUGAGGGAAAUUGCUAAACUUUAUGGCACCGAAGUAACUCUGGAAGCGAUUGAGAAACAUCGUCAAACCUCUGGUCUGCAUUCUUUUACUUCCAAGUGUUUUGAAGAAGCACGAAUCUCUGCUCUGCUCAUCGACGAUGGAUUGAAGCUGGACAAGAAGCAUGACAUUGAAUGGCACAGAGACUUUGUUCCAUUUGUCGGUCGAGUGUUGCGUAUCGAAACUCUUGCCGAGCAAAUCCUCGACGAGGAGAGUCCUGACGCUUCUCCAUGGACUUUGGAUUCUUUCACCAAAGCCUUUGUUGAAAGAUUGAAUUCAUAUCCUUUUUUGUUUAUCUGGUUUAUCGGUUUGGAUAUUGAUACCCAUGUGAGCAAACAAGUUGCUGAGAAUGGCCUUGUUGAAGUCUUGCAAGCUGGAAAGCCUGUCCGUAUUGGAAACAAAGGCUUGAUUGAUUACAUUCUUACUCGUAGUUUGGAGGUUGCUGAACGUUGCGACUUGCCCUUGCAGAUUCACACAGGUUUUGGUGACAGGGAUUUGGAUUUGCGGUUGUCAAAUCCUCUUCACCUUAGAACCCUUCUCGAAGACGAACGAUUCGCAAGGUGUCGUAUUGUUCUUCUUCAUGCGUCUUAUCCAUUCUCAAAGGAAGCAUCUUAUCUGUCUUCAGUUUAUCCUCAGGUUUACCUUGAUUUCGGGUUGGCGGUUCCAAAGCUUAGUGUCCAUGGUAUGGUGUCUUCAGUUAAGGAGCUCCUUGACUUAGCCCCAACAAAGAAGGUGAUGUUCAGUACUGAUGGCUAUGCAUCUCCUGAGACCUACUAUUUAGGUGCAAAGAAAGCACGUGAAGUCAUCUUCUUGGUUCUGCGUGACGCUUGUGCCAGUGGUGAUCUCUCACUCAUGGAAGCUAUUGAUGCAGCGAAAGACAUUUUUUCACGGAAUGCGAUUGCAUUUUAUAAGCUUCAUCUAGACACAAAUACUUCUAGUCCACAGAGUAGAAUAUCUCCCAAAUCACAGAUGAAGGAGCCUGAUGUUCAAGGAGAUACAAGUUCUUUUGUACGCAUUAUUUGGGUUGAUACAUCUGGACAACAAAGAUGCCGUGCUGUUCAUGCGCAGCGUUUUAACAGAAGUGUGAAGAAGAAUGGUAUUGGUCUGACUCAUGCAUCAAUGGGGAUGCCUUCAUUUACUGAUGGGCCAGCAGAAGAGUCUAAGCUGACGGGUGUGGGUGAGAUUAGACUGGUUCCAGAUCUAUCAACCAAGCGGACAAUACCAUGGACAAAGCAAGAGAGCAUGGUUUUAGCUGACAUGCUCCUGAAGCCUGGUGAAGCAUGGGAAUACUGUCCAAGAGAAACCUUAAGAAGAGUCACAAAAGUUCUCAAAGACGAAUUUGACUUGGUUAUGAACGCUGGUUUUGAAAAUGAGUUUUAUCUCCUCAAGAAUGUUGUGCGGGAAGGGAAAGAAGAGUAUGUGCCUUUUGACUUUGGUCCUUACUGUUCCUCAUCCUCAUACGAUGCUGCAUCUCCGAUUUUCCAUGAAAUUGUACCAGCGCUUGAGUCCUUGAACAUCACAGUUGAACAGUUUCAUGCUGAAUCCGGGAAAGGUCAGUUUGAAAUAUCUCUGGGGCACACCGUUUCAUCUCUUGCCGCCGAUAACUUGGUUUACACACGUGAAGCUAUAAGAUCGGUUGCAAGGAAACAUGGAUUGCUCGCGACCUUUGUUCCAAAGUAUGAUUUAUGCGACAUUGGUUCUGGAUCACAUGUGCAUCUAAGUCUUUGGAAAAACGGUGAAAAUGUCUUCCCUGCAUCUGAUAAAUCAUCUGCUCAUGGAAUGUCUUCCAUCGGACAAGAGUUCAUGGCUGGAGUUCUGUUUCACCUUCCUUCAAUCUUGGCAGUUAUAGCUCCACUUCCAAACAGCUAUGACCGAAUCCAACCUAACACAUGGAGUGGUGCAUUCCAAUGCUGGGGCAAGGAGAACAGAGAGGCAGCUUUAAGAACAGCUUCUCCACCUGGAGCUCCUGAUGGUUUAGUUACUAACUUUGAGAUCAAAUCUUGUGAUGGCUCUUCAAAUCCUCACCUAAGCUUGGCCGUUAUAAUGGCUGCCGGAAUUGAUGGUCUCCGGCGACACCUCCAACUUCCUGAUCCAAUAGAUACAAAUCCAGCCGAUGUGGCUGCUACACUGAAGAGACUUCCUGAGUCGCUCUCAGAAGCUGUUGAAGCUCUUGAGAAAGACGAAGCUCUCCACGAGUUGCUCGGACAAAAGCUUUUAGUUGCCAUAACAGGAGUCCGUAAGGCUGAGGUUGAGUAUUAUUCGAAGAAUCCGGAUGCAUGCAAGCAACUCAUUCACCGGUACUAA